AACACAACUUGGGGCAUGCCAACGCACGUAGCCGAGCUCCGAGGGUGUUUGUGCUUACUUUUUAGUGUAAGUUUGUACUGACAGUUGCUGGGGAUCCCCGCACACUUCUAGGCUGUACUGGGUAUGGUGCUGAAACGCUUAACCCCGCGAACCAACAUUUCUCAGAGCUCAGCUUCCUGAGGAUGAUUUCUCUCCUGCAUAGAUCUGAAUUUGGGCGAGUUGUAUAGAAUAUUUAUCGAUUUGUCAUUUCAUUCGAGAAGAGCACCAUGUAUUUUGCUGCCGAGAACCAUGCGCCUAUUCCCACUAAGGACUUGCUGUCUUGGACGUUCGACGAUGUCAAGUAUGACCCAGAUGAACCAAUAUACAUUGAUGCCAAGAAUCCAACAAACUCCAUAUCAUCGAACCAAGCACGUGUACUGAUCCGAAAACUGGUAGCUGGAUUGCGCGCAGCAGGGCUAAAGAAAGGGGAUUGCGUCUGCUUGCAUUCUUUUAACGAUAUACACUAUCCCAUUCUAUUCUUGGGAAUCAUAGCAGCGGGAGGAAUUUUUGCAGGAACAAAUCCUUCCUACACUCAAUUCGAGCUCGUCCAUCACAUCAAGACGGCCAAGACAAAAUUCUUGAUCACCGAGCCUGAGAUGCUCAAAAAUGUCCUUGCUGCCGCAAAAGAGUGUUCCAUUCCUGAAUCCAAAGUCUGGAUAUUUGAUGUCUUGAACAACCCUCUUCCUGAAGGUUUCAAGUCAUGGAAAGACCUGUUGAAUUACGGUGAAGAAGACUGGGUCAGAUUCGAUGAUGAGAAGACCUGUAAAGAGACGACUGCUGCGAGACUUUUCAGCAGUGGGACGACGGGAUUGCCAAAAGCUGCCAUGCUUUCUCACCAUAACUUCGUAUCUGAGCAUACACUUGUCCACGAGUACAAAAAGAAAGCAUGGAGGCCAAUACGCAUACUCGCUCUUCCAAUGUUUCAUGCAGCUUGUGUUCCCGUUGCUCAUACCACGGCAUUAAGAUCUGGAGAGCCUUCUGUUGUCAUGCGACGCUUUGAACUAGAACCUUUCUUCGCCACGAUCGAGAAGUUCAAGGUUAACGAAGUAGGCAUAGUUCCGCCCAUAGUCAUUGCCAUCAUAAUGUCUGGACUCGCCAACAAGUAUUCGCUCGACUCCGUACGCCAGGUCACUGUUGGUGCAGCUCCGCUAGGAAAAGACUCACAGACUCGACUUAGACAAUUGCUGCCGGAAGGUGCAUUCUGCAACCAGGUUUGGGGAAUGACCGAAAUGUCCUGCAUUGCUUCCAUGUUUCAUUAUCCAGAGGAUGAUGACACAGGGAGCGUGGGUCAUAUGUUGCCAAAUUUGGAUACUAAGAUUGUGGACGAUAACGACAAGGACAUAACAGGCUAUGAUGUCCAGGGCGAAUUAUGCGUUCGCGGCCCUAUCGUCGUCAAAGGCUAUUUCGAAAACCCAAAAGCCAACGCGGAGUCGUUUGACUCGGAAGGCUUCUUCAAGACUGGAGAUAUCGUCUAUCGCGACUCGAAGACUAAGAAGUGGUACGUCGUCGACCGAAAGAAGGAACUUGUCAAAGUUCGUGGAUUCCAAGUUGCUCCACCAGAGCUCGAGACUGUACUUUUGAACCAUCCGCACAUUAUCGACGCAGCGGUCAUUGGAGUCAAGCUCCAAGGAGAUCAGCAUAAUGAACACCCAAGAGCGUAUGUUGUGAAGAGACCGGUGAAAGAGAGUGAGAAUCUGGAUGAGGCGGCAGUGAAGGAGUGGUGCGGUGGGAGACUCGCUAAAUUCAAGGAGUUGACAGGAGGUGUGAGGUUUGUGCAGGCCAUUCCCAAGAACGCGAGCGGGAAGAUCUUGAAGAGAGUUAUUCGAGAGGAGGCAAAGGCAGAGCUAGACCAAGGCAGGGCGAAACUGUGAUAGACUUUGGAGCGUCGGGUAUAGUCUAGGCUUUGGAUUAAACAGAGAGCGAGCGCUAGACACUGGACGUGUAGACAGAGGCAUGAACAACACAUUGAUUGUCUGAUUUUAAGCGUCAUUACCUGGCUUCU